CUGUUAGUAGUGUGUUGUGAUCCGCGUCGACGCACACGGACUCAUGAUCACAAAUAUUUUCCAACCAACAUUUUUUAGCAUAAAGCGCUAGAAAUAUCCCACAAGGACAAAAGUUCAAUCUUACAGUUUCUACAUUUAUGUGCAAACCAGUCCUGCACGUCGGUACAGAAUGGCCACAAGCACAGCUCACAUCUAUAAGUACCUGACUGUUUCCCAUGUCUCUACAGAAUGGCGACAAGCACAGCUCACAUCUAUAAGUACCUGACUCUGCCUGACAGCUUGCUACAGCAGCUGGACCAGCAGCGCAGAGAUGACUUCCUGUGUGACAUCACCCUGAAGGCCUCCGGACAGGAGUGGAGGGCGCACAAAUGUGUGCUGUCUGCCUACUCGGGAUACUUCAAAUCUGUCUUUGCUGCUUAUGAUGCCACAGAGGUACAGCUGGACCCUGUUACAGAGAAAGGCUUCAAUGCCCUUCUGGACUACAUGUAUACAGCCAAGUUGGUGCUGACCAAGGAAACAGCCCAGGACAUCUUGGUAGCAGCAGGAUUUCUGGAGAUUGUCAACGUGCUGUCUGACUGUUCAACCUACCUGAGUGGACCAGAGGAGCAGCCUGCAGCAAACCAGCCAAACUCUGAUGGACAAAAAGAAAGCACAGAAACAGGAGAAUCCGUCCCCCCCACCCAGCCACAGCCAGUCAAGCGGGGUAGAGGCAGGCCGAAGGGCUCGAAGGGAAGACCCAAACAGUCUGCCGUAUUGUCUGAUGAUGACGAUGAUGAGGUGGACCUGGGCAAGCUUGUUCUCCAGGGGGAUGGACCGUACACCUGCGACAUCUGCCAGGCCCAGUUCACACGCAGGUCCAAGAUCCUGGCACACAGGAGGCGACAUGCGGUGGAGAGGCUCUUCACAUGUGACAUCUGUGAUGAGAUCUUCUCAAAGAAAGGUCCUUACCUGAGCCACAGGAGGACACACAACAGUAAUCUCACCUGUAGAAAGUGUAGUGCUGAGUUUACCGAUCAAAAAAGCCUCGGAGAACACAUAAAAGAGCAUACAGAGGACAGGUUCCUUUGCGAUGAGUGUGAUAGACCCUUCCUGUCACGGAGCGCUCUCAUUCAACACAAGCGGACACACACCGGAGAGAAACCCUUUGCCUGCAAGGACUGUCACAAGACUUUUGCUCAGAAGACGACGCUGAUUCGUCACUGCCGCAGCCACACAGGCGAGAAGCCGUUUGUCUGCGACCUCUGUCAGAAGAGGUUUUCCGAGAAGGGCAACAUGCUGACUCAUCGCAGGAUACACACGGGGGAGAAACCGUUCAAGUGCGAGACGUGCGAAACCAGGUUUGGAAAGCUGUCCACCCUGAUUCAGCACCGGCGACAGCACACCCAUAAAGGAGAGAAGCCAUUUGUCUGUGGAGUCUGUAAUGCCUCCUACACCCAGAAGAGCCACCUGGUGUCGCAUCAGAAGCUGAAACACAUGGGGCAGGCUCGCUUCUCCUGCUCCGUGUGCUCGGCACAGUUCGAUAACAAGUUUCACUUCACGCGCCACCAGAGGACCCACACGGGCGAACGUCCCUUCCAGUGUGACACCUGUCAUUCCAGAUUUGCCCUCAAAGCUAACCUGCAGAGGCACCAAUCCUUACACAGUAAAGAGAAGCAGGGGAGAGGUCGGACCUCAAAAAGGGGAGAUUCAGGUGCAGCCAGUACCGAGCAGCCUGUUCAGGUGCAGUUACAGCUGCCACAGGGUGUAUCAGCUGCAAGCCACAUCCAGGCCCUGGUGUCGCAGAGUGGAGAGACUAUUCCCAUCAGAGUAACCAACAUUUCACCAGAUGAACAUAUCCAGGAGGUUUCCUCUGUCUCUCACUCUUCUCAUAUACAGGAGAUCCAAGGUAGCGGCACAACUCAAACAGUUCAGAUUGUAGAUCUGCAAGCCAACCCUGAAAAUGCAACCCAGGCACUACUUCAGCUGUGUAGCAUUGAUCAUGACUACCCUCAGUAGAAACCCGACAAAAAUUCAACAUUUUCUCAUGACAUUCAGCCAUAAUAGUAUUAUUUGAUAAACGUAGACAUUUUACAAAAUAUACAACCUUUCUGAUUAUGUUACAAUUUUAAGACCUUGUGUCCGUACACGAAAUAAAGCGCUUACCAACAGCAACAAGCUUUCGAUCAGUCCUCUGAUCAAGUUGAAAUGACCCAAAACCAUUAAAAAUCAUACUUCUAGUUUUUGAUUCCAGCCGCCAGGUAAUCAAGUUUAUUUCAGCCGGUAACGUCAUGUAAUAAAAAAAGCAGCUGAUUUGCAACCUGGCACCACAACUCUGGCAAAAGACAUUCUGUUGAGAAGCAAGAAGGCAAACAUUGUGAGAAAAUACAACUAUACACUUAGCGAUGAUUAAAUGCUCUGUUUGCUUCUCAAAAGAACGUUUUUUGCGAGUCAUGGCACCAGGUUUGGCUGAAUAUUUUGCUGAAUGAUAUCAGUAAAUCUUUCAACUUUUGGUGGCUUCUGCACUUUGAACACGGCUUGUUUAAUGUGAACUGUGUAAAAAUGUGGAUGUGUUUUAACUGAUGGUACAUGUAUGGGAAAACAGAUGAUGUUUAAUGCAUGAGGACAAAAUAUUGCUACUUGGUAUAGCCUUGUUGAAAUGUUGUCGAUGGUGGGAACUUUUUGUGUGUUUUAGGCCAUAUCUCACACUUGACAAUAUCUGUCCAGUCUUACUGACAUUAUAACUUGAAAUUUCUCUGUGUAGGUAUAAGCCAUUCUAGGUCAAAAUUGAACUGUAUUUUUGAACACAAAAAUCGGACAGUCUUUGUCAACGAAUGAACAAUCCACUGCGUCUGUGAUGUCCAUUGUUAAGAUUCAGAUAGAACAUGUGGACUUGGCGCCCCAGUCUCUGUUGAGGGAUAGUUGUAAAGCCCUCAUGUAGAUUACUUCAUUUAUUCAACUUUCAAAAACGUCAUUGUUUAAAUCCAUUUUUAUGCUGUGUUUUUAGUUCAUUUUAUCAAAUGUACACAAUGUACAUUGUUGGCACUCUUCUGUACAAUGUAUAUGUAUAUAGCAAGGACAAUAAAUACUAAUAAUCACUGGUACCUGGAAUACCUAUAAUUCAUGUAAUGGUACCUGGCAUCCAUGUAAUAUAAUUUUUCCUUUGUAAAUAAUAAACAUCUUGACAAAUUU